AUGGAUCCGAAGAGAACUCUGAUCAAGAACGUGCGUGUCUUCGACGGCACGCGCGUUCUGCCCCACUCCGCCGACGUUUUGAUACAGGACGAGCUUAUCGCGGAAGUCUCGCAUACAGGAGAGAAGCUCUCCGACCGGUGGGAUGUCGAAGUCGUCGAUGGAAGCGGCAAGACGCUUCUCCCUGGACUGCUGGACGCCCAUACACACACGCGAAGUCCCUGGGGCGAGCAGGCACUCAUCUGGGGCGUGACCACGGAAAUGGAUUUGAUGUCCUUUCCGGAGGAUAUGCUGCCGCUUCGAGCCGAGGCUGCGACUCGCAUGGACAUAUCAGACAUCAAGUCGUCUUCAAUCAGCAUGACUGUUCCAGGAGGCUGGCCCUCUCCACUGAUCAAAGAAGGCGUGAUCCGCGAUUUUCCUCAGAUGGCGUCGAUGGACCAGGUUCAGCCCUUCAUUCGAGAGCGCGUGCAGGACGAGAAAGCGGACAUUAUCAAAUUGGUCGUCGACACGCGGAAGUGGCACGAGGAGAUCCCUACGAUGAGUAUGGAUAUGGUGGAGAAGAUUGUGCAAGUGGCGCAUUCUCACAAUCGACUUGCCAUUUGCCAUAUCCACGAACACCAGGCGGCGAUCAACGUCGUCAAAGCCGGCGUCGAUGGCCUGGCCCAUCUUUUCCUCGACGAGCCACCGUCGGAGGAGUUCGUUCAGCUCUGCGUGGAGAAAGGGAUCUUUGUGGUCACGACAUUCGGCAUCCUGGCGGGGCUCAGCAACCACUGUUACGCAACUGAGUUUGCCAAACUUCCUCAGGUGCAGACAUACACAUGCGACCUGGGUGUUCACACCCUCGGUCGAGAUGCGAGCAAUUGGGGCUAUGUCAAGAACGCUUCGAAGAAUCCCCAGUGGGCGCUCGACGCGGCUCGGGCGCUGCACAAGGCAGGAGUCCCUGUCCUCAUUGGGACAGACAGUCUUCGAGACAUGAGCCCCUGUGUCUGCCAGGGCGUGUCGGUCCACCACGAGAUGUGGCUACUUGUGGACGAGUGCGGGUUCUCGCCGGUCGAGGCGUUGCGUGCCGCUACGGGGAGAACAGCCGAAGCUUAUGGCUGGAAGGACCGCGGUGUGGUCGGGGCUGGGAAAUUGGCAGACUUGGUCUUGGUCGAUGGGGAUCCGACCGAGGACAUCAAGAAGACAUUGGACAUCUCUGCAGUCUGGAGACGCGGCCACAAGCUGGAUCGGGAGGCGGCCAGGGAACGAGUCAAGCAGCCCGGCUGGGGAACUGGAACGCCAUCCAGUGAUGAUCACUUGAAAUGCUGCCAAUGA